AAAAGUGUUAUUUAAUCAAAUAACACAGCCAUCGGGCCCGGGUGAUUUUUUUUAAUCAGCUCAUUGAUUUCUUCUCUGAUACUACUGUACCAUUCGAGGCUUACAGGCUAUUACAAGACCGAAUAUCUUCCAUAUUUCUGAUCCUCCCUGGUGUAUUAAACCGGCGAAGGGCCUCAUUUCAACAUCGAGAACGGUUGGAACACAUCAAAAUGCCCCGGAAACAAGCCCCUCAGCAGUCAUAUGCUCCUCCUCUUCCCCAUUCCCACAAUUUAGUCCAGCUUGGUGCGCCUCAAGGCUCGAACAAUUUCCUUUGCAAGGAUGCCUUGGGCGAGGAGCGACUUGUCGAAAUAUCAAAAUCACUGAAGAGGAUGAAGGGACUGAUCGUUAUGCGUGGCGACUAUGCUGUCAUUAGACUUUUUCCAACUGCACCUGAGGAGAGUGUCAGAUUGGUUGGGGAGAUCGUUUACAUUCUGGAAAAAGGCGAUGUGAAAGAGUGGAAAAGGGCUGGCGAGUGGCCCCCUGGUUUUAGUGCUGAUGUAUUACCAUCGCACCCUACAGAAGAGAAGCAAGCAACGUUGGAAACGGGUGAAGGAGAGGAAGCGGACCAAAGCGACGACGGGAGACAAAGCGAAUGACCAACCAUGAUGACGAGCAGCACGAGUGCUUAGCAGAAUCAUUGAAAACCCACCCAGUCAUCACACUCGCCCCCGAACUAUUUCAGUGUCCAAUUUUAUUUACACGUCGAUCCCUAACGAAAUUUUCACUAUCGAGAUCCAUCGGAAACCCAUCAUAGUGAUCGAAAUGGCCAGCAAUGUCAUAUGGUGGCAAUGUGAUAUGGUGGAAUGCUGGCGGGCCUAAAUAGUCCACUUGGAUGAUUUACAUUUGUCAACUGCGUAGUCCGUAGAAUAUUAUUUACUACGUACAAUUUUACUACUUAUCAUGCA